AUGCUUUAUCGUCAAGCUCUCAGCAUAGGUCGACGGCCCAUUACCUUUUCCCCGAAGAUCAAGAUGCCGAUCCCAAUGUUCCAGAGCACAGCUAUUCACCCUCUUCCACGCCAAACAGAGGGCAGCGAGCGGGUUUCAAACUAUUCGACAAAGGCUGUCGAUGCGAACUUCAUACCGAGCCUUCACAGUUCAAAGAAACAGAUUCUCUGGAUAGGCUGCUCUGAUAGCGACUGCAAAGAAACUACCAUCCUCAACCUUCUUCCUGACGAGAUGCUUGAACACCGGAAUCUGGGAAACAUGGUCAUUGAUGGAGAUUUGUCCUGCGAGACGUCGGUGAGGCAUGCCGUCGUUGAUCUUCAGGUGAAACACAUUAUUGUCUGUGGCCAUUACGGAUGCGGUAUUGUCAAAGCAACGUCGAGGAGCGGAUUACCGGGCCCAUGGCUGAGCAAGCUCGACCACCUCCACGCAAAACACCAGCACGAUAUCGAUCAACUGCCCGCAGUUGAUCGUGACAGCGCCUUCGUCGAACUAAAUAUACUUGAUCAGUUGCGCUCCUUGCGCAACAUCUCGGAAGUGGCCGAUGCGACGAGGCAAGGACGCCUGGAUAUCCACGGAAUCGUUUACGAUCCCACGAUUGGGAAAGCGCUUUCAUUGAACGAGGCCGCAGCGGAACCAUGA